UUAGGAAAUGGCAUAGCUAUCCGCAAGAGAAAAUCAAGGGCUGACAUCAUGAUGAUGUCACUCACAAUUCCCAAUAUGAAAAUCAAAUGACCUAAUCUCUCUCUAUUUCCCAAAUUUGGAAUCUCCUUCCUCUCUCUCUCUGUCUCUCUGUCUCCUCCAUGGCCAUCUCCUUCAGUCCCAAACACCCUCCUUACGAUGAGAUGAUAUACACAGCAAUCGGAGCUCUGAAGGAGAGGGAUGGUUCGAGCAAGCGAGCCAUAGGAAAGUACAUAGAACAAGUCUACAAGGACCUUCCACCCACUCACCCUGCUUUGUUGACUCACCAUCUCAACCGAUUGAAAUCCUCUGCCCUCCUCGUCCUCGUCAAGAAAUCCUACAAGCUUCCUGGAUCUCAUCAUCUGCCUGCGCUCCAGCCCCAAAAGACCCGUGGUCGUCCCCCCAAGCCCAAGCCCCACCCCGUCUGGCCUGCUGCAGCCCUCACCGACAGCCCUGCUCUUCUAUCCGCCAAAAGAGGCCCCGGUCGUCCUAAAAAGAUUGGUGUCAGCCCGCCAGGCCCAAGGGGUCGUCCACCCGGGACUGGGAGAUCUAAGCUGCCCAAGAGGCCUGGCCGUCCCCCCAAGCCCAAAUCCGUGUCGGCGAUCUCCAGUGGUCUCAAACGACGUCCUGGACGCCCACCCAAAGCCCAAUCCAACGUAAACGUCAUCCCCUUCGCAGCCCCAGUUGCUCCCGGCCUGCCUACUGUGCAGCCCAUCCUUCCUACUGCUUCCGUGCCCAAUGGAUCUCCCAGGCCCCGAGGAAGGCCUAAAAAGAGUUUUACUGCUGCGGGGGCUCCGGCGCUAUCUGCCGUUGCCGGUGCAGCGCGUGGUCGUGGCCGCGGACGUCCACGUGGGGUCUUCCCGGUGGUUAGGCCCGGCCGGCCUCAGAAGCUCGCCGUAGGAAGGUCCAAGAAUCCUGUAAGAAGGCCCGUGGGCCGCCCCAAGGGAUCGACAGCUGCUGCAAUCACAGCACAUAAGGCUGCUAAUGAAGAUCUAAGGAAGAAGCUUGAACACUUUCAAUCAAAAGUGAAGGAGUCCCUUGGCACGCUUAAGCCUUAUUUUAACCAUGAAAGCCCAGUCACUGCAAUUGCGGCAAUUCAAGAGUUGGAAGUACUGUCAACUUUGGACCUUAAAGCGCCAUUGAGGGAUGAGACCCAGCAACAGCCACCGCCACAGCCACUGCCACAGACACAGACACAGGUGUAUGAACAGCAAUAUCCCCAGCCACAGUCACAGCAGCUGCCGCAAUUUUUUCAACCACAUACAUCAGCCCCGAGCUAGGCCUGAACAUGAUGAAGGACAACUUGUACAAGUGUUAUUAACAAGGCACAAGAGGUAAAAGAUCUGUAAAGCGGUUAGGAAGUAGUGGUACUGAUUUUUCUGAGGGUGAAAUGACUCUGUCUAUUUUAGUUUGUUGUUGUGCAACAUUUAGUUUGACCCCUGAAGUGAUUAGCGGGUACUCAUGAUUCUGUUGUUCUUUAAGUAAUAUUUAUUUGACUUUUACAGUUUACUUUAGUCACAUUAAUGUGUAUGUUUGUAUCAGCCUCUUUUGUUGUUUAAUAUUUUUAAUUAAUGGUUACUGCUUGCUAUUUCUCAUUAA